AUGCGGCUGGAAUACGACGUGGUCCGCUUCACCGUGAUCCCAGAUCAAGGUACUCAAGUGUGGGCACAGAUCCCGGUCGACACCAUCUUCGAGGAAUCCUCGUAUCAACUGGAGUCAAACUCGGAUGCGAUCAAUAUCGAAAUCAACAUUAGUCUUCUAAACCGUGCACUGCGGUCCACAUUCGGCGCCUCAUCCUCACAACUGCGCCUAACAAAGAAAGACAAGAUCCCCCUUCUCGCACUAACAAUCCUCACAACCGAAUGGACCGAGGGCAACAUGGCCCUUGCCACCGACGAAACAACAGACCCAAGUCACACAACAGGUCCAUCCGCCCAGAACGAGGUAGUUGGUGACCGACGUGCGCGUGAACGCGAGACAUGGAUCACACAAGAAGUUCCCAUCAAAAUACUGCACGAAGACGUAGUCGAAAGUCUACACGAACCGCAUUGCCCCGAUCCAGACGUAUACAUCAUUCUGCCAAACCUGAUGCAGUUGAAAAGCAUCUCAGACCGAUUCACCAAGCUAGCCUCUUCAGACAGCAAGGGCCGACAAUCAGGCAUCGUCGUUGCGGACCCGGCGGCCUCUACCACCGGCGCCACGGCACUUUCUACCAAUACCGCCCCAAAACUGGAGCUGUCGGCCAAUAUGCAUGGUAAACUACGCCUCGCGAUUGCGACGGAUGAUUUGAGAAUCGCGAGUGUUUGGUCCGGGCUUGUGAACCCUCCUUUGGACCCUGCGCAUAUUACGCAGGAUCAGGCUUCUCAGCUUCCCAGUGAGCGGAUGCGCGAAGCGGGCGAUGACGAUGAAGCUGGGUGGGCGAAAGUGAGGAUUGAUGGAAAAGAUUGGGGUCGAGUGUUGAGCGUGGGAAGGCUGAGUCCGAAGGUCGUUGCUUGUGAGUUAACAUGCGUGAUCAUGAAUGAGCCUUUGAAGGUGUCAGGCUUGGUUGCUAAUAGUACAGGCUUUAUCAAUGAAACGGCGCUGGUUUUGUAUGUCUACUUACCAGGCAGUUGGAAUGGCGAAGAAUCAUGUCUGACUGUAAGUUCUUUCGUGUCUGCCUUCUGCAAUCCCCAGGGUAUAUACUAA